AUGAUGCCUUGCUUCCACACGAGUCCCAGCACCGGAAAUCUAGCCGACUGCAAAGAGUGUAAACCAAGGAAAAACGGAUAUACCAAGGACACUGAAACGGAAAUGAAGCUACAAGACUCUCCCAUGAAGAUUGCUCCCAUGGAUCAGGACCGAAACAGUGAAGCCCGGGUGCUCAGCUGCAAUCUGAAAAAUAACCCUGGCAAUCUUUCCUUGGUAUCUGACUUUGUGAUGGAAAACCGAGGUGCCAUAAUACGUCCACCAGACAACGAAGUCAUGAGUGAUAUGUACAUACGUAUCUGUGGACUGGACGGCACAGUGUACUCCGGCGAGCAGUAUAAGCUUGAGGUUUGGGGAGAGGUUUACCUUCCUGAACCAACCAAAAUGGAAGUCCUUGGCAUCCUGGAGAGCUCAGAAGGCAUGCCUACAUUCCCACAGUGGAUAGUUCUUAUGGGAGAAGAUGGGCAUGUGUUUGGCUAUGAAGAUGAAGUGCUUUAUGUAUUUGCCAGCAGUCUAGAAGAGCUUCUACAAAAAGGCUUUAAUACUGACAUAAGCUAUGACUACCCAGAUGACCGCAGCGAUGAGGAAGAGGAAGACUCUCAGGAAGAUGAAGAAAUCCAGAGACUAAUACAGAAGACUGAUGAAUUCAUUAACAGUAAAGCAAAUAACUUUACCAGGUUCUUGAAGUUGCAGCUUAAGGUAUAA